GAGCGUUGGUGGGGCCUCCUGUUUUCAAAGGACAGUAGACAGUAGACACCCCGGCUGAAAAAAAAUGCCCAUUUGACGCUGCGACUCAUAGGAGCGCCUACUGCGAAUAGCGCAAGAAAGUCCGCGGGCAGUCGGGCCAUUUUGAUCCCUCAGAUUCUCGAUCCUGGAUAAACCCCGCCUCUGUCCCAGCCCCCCGUCUCCGGUGCCCAGCUGCGAUGUCUUACGGGAGGCGCGGAGGGUCUCGGUGUUGCGUCCGCAGCUGCUCCAACUACCAGUUGUACAGCCCGGGAGUUUCGUUCCACACGUUUCCCCGCGACGCCGCUCGUCGGAAGCAGUGGAUGGACGUCGUGGUCCAGUGGAACUCUGGGACGCCCCUGUCGGAAAACAGACGGGCGUUGGUUUGUUCCGACCACUUCCUGCCGGAAUGCUACGACCGAAACCUGCGUCUGUUGGCCGACGCCGGCUUCUCAACGAAGUUUGCUCGUCUGAGGACGGAUGCCGUGCCAUCAGUCCUUUCAGAUCGACGGACCGCGAUCAGAGACCAAGCUACGGCUGUAUCAUUUCUGGAGUGUAGCACCAGCACAGCCUCGACACCGUAUGCUUUUCCAAUGGCUGCAACGCUUGAUGGCACUGGAAAAGACACAGGAGCACACGGGUCAUUGCUGGAUGGACCUGUAAGCGUCCUCCAGAUGUGGGGCAGGAACCAGUCUACUACCGCAGCGCAAGAAUGGAGCAGUAGCGCAGCCGUGGCAUGUGACAUCUUAUCAGUGGGUGCUUCGUCCGAUGUGUUUGAACCAGACCUGGAGCCACGCAGACAGAGCACGCCAAACCACAUAUGCAUGAGCACUCUAACAAAAGGUGCACAGACGCCAUUUUGGAAUGUCAGCAAAGGCGUUCAAACGGAAGAGCCUCAUCAGACCUCUACUGGAAUUCAGGCGUCGGUCACACCCCCAGGUUUGUUUCACCACGAUGCGUCUCCUGAUGACCAGUGCGUUUUGGCUGUGACAAGACAGAGCUCCCUGGAGGUUGGGACAGUUUCCUCAGGAUAUCCACAAGCGGCUGGAGGAACAUUGACAAAAGACAAAGGACAAUCGCGGCAAGGGUGUUCCUUGCCUCCAAGUGGCAAAAUGUCAAUUCCGUUUGUGGUUAGAUUUGAAUGCCAUUCCUGAACAUGUGGUACCUGAGGCCGAUCCUUUGGACACGAGCCACGAGAGAGCCUGGCGUCUUGGACAUAAGCAACCCAUGAGCUCCGAGGAUGAUCCAGAUUCUUCAGACACAACUACCUCGUCAGACUAACCUGCAAACUCGAACGAUGGAACACAUUUUCUGUCUUCCUUGCAUCUGUCAAAUGCAACACCUCUUGAGUGACAC